UGUGUCACCACCCGCCACCACCCUCUCAGUCAGCCCUCCCCUUUCCUCUCUCUGUCCUCCACCCCUUUCUUUCCUGGCUCCCAGCAUGUGGAACAGCAAACGUCCAUUUCUCUUUAUUUUUAGCGCCGCUGCAAGAAUGCGUGUCUGUGGGCUGCAUUUGGGAGCUUCUCCGUGUGUGUUUGCAGUUUGUCACGGCUCCAUUUCCACGUUAAUCCCUUUCAGAGGAGGUGUGGUUUCUCUGCCGCCUCCUCCUCCCUCCCCCCGUGCUGCUAUUGCUUUGUGAGGGCGUCCUGUCGCUGCAGUCGCAUCUGCCGCUGCUCUGGGUUUGAUGAGCGAGAUGGGGGAAGCCAUGGAGUUGAGUUCUAGGGAGCACGUGACCCCGGAGAUGAACAAGCUUCGGCAGAGUCUGAGGAGGAAGAAGCCCACCUACAUGCCCGAGGCCAGCAGACCGCACCAGUGGCAGGCAGACGAGGAGGCCGUGCGAAAGGGCAAAUGCAACUUUGCUGUUCGGUAUCUGGGCUUGGUGGAGGUGGAGGAGUCCAGAGGGAUGCACGUCUGUGAGGAGGCAGUGAAAAAGCUGAAAAUAAGCGGCAAAAAGACGGUGAAAGCAGUGCUGUGGGUGUCGGCCGAUGGACUCAGGGUGGUGGACGACAAAACCAAGGACCUCAUUGUGGAUCAGACUAUCGAGAAGGUUUCAUUCUGUGCUCCUGACCGUAACUACGACAAGGCCUUCUCCUACAUUUGCAGAGAUGGAACCACCAGACGCUGGAUGUGCCACUGCUUCAUGGCUCUGAAGGACUCGGGGGAGCGACUGAGCCACGCGGUCGGCUGUGCUUUUGCCGCCUGCUUGGAGAGAAAGCAGCGGCGGGAGAAGGAAUGUGGCGUAACGGCAUCGUUUGACGCCAGUCGCACCUCGUUUGUGCGUGAAGGCUCAUUCCGAGUGAAUUCCUCCUCCAGCCACCAGGGCGGCAGCAGCGAAAGAGACGACAAGCUGCAGGAGAAGAAGAAAGAUCAGCCCUGUGUUGUUCCUGCCCUUCCACCUGGUGCAGCCUCCCCACCUGAGGGUGCAGCAUCCCCCAUGGAGCGGGCAGAGCCGGGCGGACCCCACGCCAUUCCCCGUCGCCACGCGCCCAUCGAGCAGUUGGUGCGUCAAGGAUCUUUCCGGGGAUUUCCAGCUCUGAGCCAGAAGAACUCUCCCUUCAAGAGGCAGCUGUCGCUCCGCCUCAACGACCUGCCCUCCACGCUGCAGCGCAAGACGGACUUCCAGGCCGAGGACCCUGACAUGGAGAUGGCGUUGCCGGUUGAGGGGGACAGCAGCAUCAACGCCCUGUGCAGCCAGAUCAAUGCCUCCUUCACCAAGCCUUCUGACGAGCUGUUUUCCAACCCCGCUGUUUCCAUGUAUGCCCCCCCGGCCUGUACUGUGCCCCCCGCUCUGCCCCCACCACCUGCCCCCUUGCAAGCCUCCUCCAUUUGGGCUCAUCCAGAACCCCCCCUCCAGUCCCCCCCUCCAGCUUCAGUGGCGAUGCAGAGCGGCCAUAGACGCACACCCUCAGAGGCUGAGAGAUGGCUGGAGGAGGUCUCAAAGGUGGUCAAAGCCCAGCAGACGCCUCCUCCCGGCCCCACCAUUCCCACCAUCCCCGGCCCGCACUCCUCCGCCAGUCAGCAGAUGUCCACGCCGGCGCCCGCUGCUGCUGUGUCCACCAUCUCCAUGCCCCUGGCUGCUCUGUCCAAACCUCUGGUCUCUGGUUCUGCUGCUCUUUCGGGGCAAUCCUCUAUACCCCUCCCACCCAUGUCCAUUUCCUCUGUCCCUUUAAUACCAGGUCCUCCAGUGUCAGGCCCCCCAAUGUCCCUUCCAUCCAUGUCCAUCCCCACCAUGUCAGGACCAAGCAUGUCUGGAGCUCCCAUGAUGCAGCCCUCCCUUCCUGGACCCCCCGGUUCCCUUCCAAGCUCCAUGCAACCAUUCCCCCUGUCUUACGAUUCCACUCCAGCUCCUGUUGGGAUUUUUGCCGCCCCACCUGUCCAGCCGUCCUUUGUUCCGGUGCAGACCUAUAUGCCAGGUCUGGCCAGCAGCAUGACCUACCCCAACCCCAGUGUGCCUGUAGUGGGCAUCACGCCAUCGCAGAUGGUUGCCAACGUCUUCUGCACCGCCACAGGGUCUUCAGGCACAAGCGGCGCCAUGGGCUCCACUGUUGGAGCUUCCAAAGUGGGGGCGCUGGGGUCAGUUGGGCAGCACCAUUCCUACCCUGGAGCACCCGGUGUGGUCAGCCACUCUGCCGGGUUUCCCGCCGCUGCGUUCCCUUGCACACCACCGCUGUCCUCCACCCUCAACGGCCUGCCACCACAUAGCAGUGCGUCCAUGGGCCUCCAGAACGGGACCUGCAGCGGCGCGGGAAGUGGGGGCGGUGGCAGCUGGCCACCAGAGGGCAGCCACCUAACUGCUGCGACAACCGCUGACCUCCAAGACGACGAUCGUUUUGAGGCCAAGUGGGCAGCGCUGGAGACGAAACCAGGCGCCCAGGAGCCGGGUAGCAAGACGCCACCUUCCACGGCAAACCCGUUUUCCAACAACCUGCAAAAGACCUUUGAGAUUGAGCUCUAAAGCUCCGCCCACCAACAUUGUAGCAGCCGCUCUGGUGCUAAAGGAGUUGGGUUCAUCGUCCGGUCUGUGGCAACCCAGCAUUCUGCUGAAGGUGUUGGUGGAAGUCACCUUGAACGUUUUGCUGCUGUUUCCUUCUGCGACGGAGGAGAACUCAGCAGUUUGCUGGGCUGUAAUCGGAGGGUCGGACUCUCUGAUGGAAUAAACCUUUCUGCUCCACCCACCACCUGCCUCUCCCUCCGCCCUCCCCUAAUGCUCUGCAUGUGCCCCCUCUGUAAAGGGGGAGACUGAAGGCUUCUUCUUUACAUGCAUUCCACUUCAGACUGGGAAGUCCUCCUCCAUCUUCUCCGCAGACGAGUCUCCAGAAUGCAACCAUGGAGGACCGAAGAACAAAAAGAUUCUGAUCAAAACGAAGCACAGCAGAGUUCAGACGGCUGAAAGGAAAUUUACAGCCAAAACGUUUUUAUUUAUUGUAUUUUAUUUUGGGGGUUUUCACAGAGGAUUUGUUCCUAAAGCUUUGAACUCUGAAGCAUUAUUUCUUGAGCAUGUCUUUAUUUUUGUUCAAACUCCCUCGUAUUUAUUCUGUUGAAUGGAAGGAUGGGGGGGGAGGGGCUGCCAGAAACAGAGGAGCGACCGAACAGCAGAAAGGCGUCACUGUGGGACUCCGUGAUGCCGUCAGCGGCGCUGUGUGCUGGGACACACCAGUGACCAAAGCAGCAUGUUGCUUCCAGCUUAUGGUCCUCACAUCCACCAGAGUGGCUGCAGCAUCCCCGUUUUUGAAUGCUAAUGCGCUCGAGUCUCUUCAGGACGACCUGCACACAGACACUAAAGCACAGAAACCUGCAAACACUCAGAGGAAAACUGGCUCCAAAACACUGUGCAACUGGUUCCUAAACAACGCACCACAUUCCUGCAUCUCCAAAAGCUUCUAUGUGUUCAAACACAGGCUAGUGUUACCUCCUCAUGGCUGUGUGGAGUCAGAAUGCAAAUACCAAAACCUGGAUUCAUGAAUGUUAAAGUGGUUUGAGUUGAGGUGAAGGAAAGCUGGAUGAGAUGAACGGCAGAUUGACACAUGCAUCACCCCGCCCACAAAAGGAGCGCCACUUGCCAUUUCCUGCUGCACAUUCGUCAAACUUGCAACCACCUCUGAUGAUCUUUAAAAGUCAAACCCAUAGCUGAAGAAGUGUCCUAAACGCCGUUUAUUUCAAUUUUCCGUUGAAGUCAAAACUUUGAUGCAACAUUUCUGUUAGAGGGAAAGUAAAACAAGACGUUUUUCGAACUGAAGGGCUCUUUCUCCGUGGACCCUGCUCAGAACCACGAGGACGUGGACCAUUCCCUGUUCCAGUAUCUUCCCACAGCAGCAGUCGGUUCUUGUGGGCCCGUCCCGAAGCCCACUGUUGCUGUUUGAUACCAAAACGGUUCUUUCUUUCUUGAAUUAAAAUGUUCUUCUUUGCCUUCUUUCUUUACAAAACGAGGCGGAUUCGUUCUAUGAGAUUGAUCCAUUGUUUUAUUUUGAAUAUUCUUUAGGCAUCAUCCCUUCAAAUGAAAAGCGAAGGUUAAUUGUGUUCUGCGUUAAAGCAAACUAAAUGACCUCUUAAACGUGAUUGUAAAACCGUAGUCUAGUGAUGGUAACAGAGCAAACCAGUGGAGUUUAUUUUUAAUCUUUAUUUACAGAAUUUUUGUAUUUAAACCAACAUAUUUGUAUUGUAAUUACAUUGUAUAAAAGAUAAAUAAAGUAAUAUAAUAUUA